AUGUCGUACUCGUAUAUGUUUAAGUAUAUCAUUAUCGGCGACACUGGUGUCGGUAAAUCUUGUCUUCUUCUUCAAUUCACUGAUAAACGAUUCCAACCGGUUCAUGAUCUUACAAUUGGUGUUGAAUUUGGUGCUCGCAUGAUUACUCUCGAUGGAAAACAAAUUAAAUUACAGAUAUGGGAUACUGCCGGACAAGAAACUUUCAGAUCUAUUACUCGGUCCUAUUAUCGUGGUGCCGCUGGUGCCCUUCUUGUAUAUGAUAUAACUCGCCGUGACACCUUCUUGCAUUUGACCUCCUGGCUUGAGGAUGCUAAGCAGCAUUCCAGUUCUAACAUGGUUAUAAUGUUGAUCGGGAAUAAGUCCGAUCUUGAAAGUCGUCGGGAUGUUAGGCGAGAGGAAGGUGAGGCUUUUGCCAGAGAACAUGGUCUUAUUUUCCUUGAAACCUCUGCAAAAACGGCCGCAAAUGUCGAGGAAGCUUUUAUCGAGACUGCCAAAUCGAUUAAUGAGAAGAUACAAGAGGGUGUGCUUGAUUUGAAUAACGAGGCUAAUGGAAUUAAAAUCGGUCCACAUAACUAUCCCGCUGGAAGUACAGCAAGUGGGUCGGGAGCAGCCUCAGGUUCAUCAAGUGGUUGCUGUUAA